AUGUCUGCUAGCGAAGGUGCUGUUUAUGGUGACUUCGAUGGUCUGGCACAGACGUGGGACAACAUGAAGGUGGUUCGAGACAGGCUCCAGGACUAUCAAGCCAUCAUGUUGGAGAAGCCAAAGCCAGGUGAGGCUCCAGUGGCACUUAAGGGGAGCAUUGCAAAGAACCACCCGAACCUACGCUACAACUCGGAGAUUCUCAUCCCCCUCAUGGUCAAGAUGAAGGACCACCGAGACAAGUUUCCAGAUGUCAAUGCUCUGAGUGACCAGGUGAAGAAAUGCUUUGAGCUGUGCAGGCUGAAUCCCAAUUCCACUACUUUGUCGGACGAGGCAUGGUCCCUUCGAUACAUGUAUGGAUUGGUGAAGCAGUUGACGUACAAAAAAGCACCACCAAGAGUUGUUUCCCCUGCUGUGUCAGCACCCUCCAGUGGCGACAAGGCCAAGGUGGAGCCCCAAGCACCACCAGGCAUUCCUCAAGGGCAGGCCACGUUGAUUGCCCUUGCUGUGCGGCGCCAACACCUGGCCGAAGUGCUGCGGAUUCGCAAGGAGGCAGAAAAAGAGCAGCAGGAGGCAGAAGCAAUCGCUGAAGUCUUUGCUUCGCAGCCUUCUGAGAAUGAGAAAGUUGACAAAAGUUGGAUUGAGAAUCCUGAGAAGGAGGAGAUUCCGAAGAAGAUGGACGUGCCCGAGAAAAUUGAAAAGCCGGAGCAGGCCCCACAGGAGAAUGCGAUUCCCCUUGCAGAGGCUGAGAAGAAGAUUGACGAAGUACCCCUUGAAAAGACCCAGAAGCUUGAGGAUCCCAUCAUGAAGGAUUUUCUCCAGCAAAUUCAGUCAGACCUGAAUGUUGCUGCAGAAGUGCCAGAGGCAGAAGAUCUCCGUAGGAGGCAGCUGACAAUGAGGGCCACUGAGAAAGGAAAGGCUGAAGAGCAGAAGGAACUUCAGAAGGUUCAGAAAGAAAACAAAAAGAAUGCGAAUGCUGCAGCAAAACCAAAACCGAAGGGACGACCUCGCAAAGCAGAAGGUGAUGGUGAAGAAAGGGUGGGCAAGCAAUCCAGGAAGAGGAAGCAAAAAAAUGAAGAUGAGGAUGGUGAUGCUACCUCUGCUGCCUCGCCCAAACCCAAGAAGAAGAAUACCCAGAAUGGCAAGGUUGGCACAGCAUCCCCGAAGGCAAAGGCGAAGGCCAAAGCCAAGAGAGCGCCUCGGGGCAGGAAGGAUGCUGAUCCAAAAUAUGACCCAGGCAUGGUGCAGGACAUGGUGGAUUUGAUGUGCACGUACCAUGAGAAGCCGUAUGACAAGACAAAGGAGAGCAUGCACAAGGAGUUCACGAAAGGAAAAACGAGGAUUUGGGUGAGUAUCUACUGGAAUCGUCCUGCAGGCGGAGUGAAGAUUAUGGAGGGUGACAAGGAAAGCCAGAAGUUCUACUUCAGCUACUGCUACUCGAGUAUCGCGGUGCACAUCUACAUGUGCAACAAGAUGGCCGAGCGCUGGGUGCUCAAGGAUGCCGAAUGGCAUUCAACGGAUGAAGCGCUGCAGCUGUUCCGGCUGCUGUUGUUGAGUGCCACUCAGGUGCCUUGGGUGCUGAUGCCGCUGACGCUGGCGCAUGCGCUGCUGCUGUGCAAUUCGCCUUGCGUCGCUGGUUUGCUGGAGGAGAUGGGCGGCUGGUGGCAGAAAGGGUGGCUACUCUGGUGGAGGUGGAAAGAAGGGAGGCAAGGGGAGAAGGCCUGUGCCGAUUAUGCCCGGGCCUACAGUGCCUGCAGCUGUGGUUCCGCCCCGGCCAAAGCUGAUGCCAACAUCGACACUGGGCCAGAUGAAGAGCGAGUGGUUGUGGAGCCCCUACAUGGCCCUCCACCUCCCACGGCCACUGCGCCCAAGUCUUCGACUGUCACCGGCCCAAGGGCCUCUUCAACGCUGGGUGCCUCGUCGAAGCCAGGCACCAGGGAUGCUGCUCCUCCCGGCGACGGCGAUGGGCACGUGGACAAGCGCCCCCGCAGCCCUUCGAUCCCGCCGCCUGCUCAUGUCCUGGCUGCAAAUGCUGCUGACCCAGGUGAUGGCCCAGAGGGUUCCGCCCCAUCUGGUGGCGCAUCUGGGGCUGCCCCUCCAGUGCUGGCUCCAAAAUCCCGGGGGUCUGACCCAAUUGACCCGGCUACUGUGUUCGGCAUCUUGAACACCAUGACUCCAGGAUCCCCAGAAUCUCAAAAUGCGCUGAUGAUGAUCAUGCGCUACAUGGAAAUGCAUGGAGUGACCGCUACGGCCCCAGUGGCACAGCAACUGAAGCUCCUCAUCGUGAGUCCUCGCCGAUCCUUGACGAGCCUGGAGAAGAACCUGGCAUUGCAGAACGACGUGCUCGGUCUGGAGACCAUCAUUCUGAGCAAGAAAGAGUUCGGAAGCGAAGGACUGAGAGGUAUGGUGAAGCGAGCGGCGCGCUGCCGAUCCCAAGCCACUGCAGCGCCGAUAGCUUCGCCAGCUGCCGUGCUGCAGAGAGCAUUUGUCAUGGUCAUCAUCCUGAUCUUCUACCAUGGCAGUAUGCCAGCAGUGCCAGAGAGGUUGGCGGUGUGGGUGCUGCUGAACUGUGACCCAUUGGGCUUUUUUGUUCUGCUGGCUGUGGUGUGCACGUCCUUUUCAGCCAUCAACAUCGCUACAAGUAAGCGGAAAAGGCAUCGAGCAUGGAGCAACAAUCCCGCUAUCCAUAUUCUGGACCGUGGCAUCUUGCGAAAAGCUGCCCGGGCUCUUUGCCCAUUGCAAACCACGAAAAAGGUCCUAUCCUAUCGCACUUGGACUUCGUAUCCUGCGAUUCUUGCCAGAGCUGCGCAAGGGGUCUACUGGCUGCCCUCCUCUUGGUGCAACUUCCGUGGAGAUGGAGCCGCACAAGUGGUAGACGCCAUGCCUGUGCAAUCUCUGGAUGCCAUGGUGGUUGAAGAGAAGCACAAGUUGCUUACUGAGACCUCAGAGCUGAGCGCUUCUGAGUUAGAGAAGCUGCUGCAGGAACAAGAAGCCAUGCUAAUGGACAAGCUCUGCCCUCGUGACAAGGACCAGACUGCCCAGGAAGUUCCUCCAGCCGCACCCAUUGCAACUCCAGCUCGCAGUGAUACUCCGGCUCCUCUCGACUUGCUGGCUGCCAAGGUGGAACCUCCAAGCGACGAUGCGCCCAAGGCCAGUGUUGGAGUGGUCGAGAUUCCAGAUGAAGACACUGACAUGGAUUCAGAGGAGGAUGACACCACGAAUGCUUUGUUGCAUGCAAAGACGCUUCGACUGGAUGAUUGUCACACGGAGAGCAAGCAGGAUGCUUCUACUGGUGAUGCUGCAGUGUGGCAGAACAAGUACAAUGAGCUACUUGCCCGCUUGGAAAAGCUCGAAGGUGCCAAGAAGCCUGAAGAUUCCUUCACGACACCUACACCGAAGAGGCAGCUGCACACUCCGGCAUCUACAGAAUCUUUGUGCCCAAGCCCUUCGCCUCCACCAGCACCUUCGCUGCCGCCUGUUCCUCCCCAGCUGAAGGCAUUGCCUCCAGCCCCUAGCCUUGUGAUGCCAUUGCCGGCUUCUGGCCCACCUGUUGUGCCAAAGCAACCUUCUCUCUUGCCAUCCCCACCAAAGGCACCUGCUGUCAGUGUGGCAAAGGCACCUGCUGUCAGUGUGGAAAAGGCACCUGCUGUCGGUGUGGAAAAGGCACCUGCUGUCAGUGUGGCGGCCCCAUCAGAGACAACAGGAGAGCCAGGUGGAUUAAAACUUGGAGAAGAAGAUUUGGCCGAGGAGGUGGACUUGAGCCACGAGGAGCUGACGCCGCAUGCCUUGUAUAUGCGGUUGAAAAGGAUUUGCCAAAAGACACCGGCUGGCAAACUCAACGUGGACGCCACGAUCCAUGAUCAAUGGACAUCUGGCAACCGUGAGGAAUUAUUGCUCGCACUGGUGAGGAGCAUGAAACAAGUCGGAUUCGACAACUCGCACCGCACCCGGCAGCAAGUGCGGGCAGAGUUUCAGAAGCAAGUCCUUCAUGUGAAAGAACAGCAGCGGGCAAAGGAAGAAGAAAUUGAAGGAGGCUGGUAUACGGAGGAACGACUGCAGAAGGACUUGUCGUACUCCACGACGUUGAUUUCGAAGGUGAAGACCUACUGCAUGCGCUUCCCAAGCGUUUUGACGAGGAAAUUCAAGUACGAUCAGAACAUCACAGAAUACUUUGUGGAGACGGCCGACACUGUGAAAGUGAAGCGUGCUGAAUUGGAAAGAUUCAUCGCUACUGAGGAGGCAAACCCAAAGGACAUGCCCAGCAAGCCGAUGGAACAUUUGCCGCUGACUGCAUCGAUAUGUGGUGUGACGCCAGACGAAAAUGGGAAGAUUGGUGCAAUCCCAGCAAACGGUGCACUGGAAGCCAAGGAGAACUUGAAGCAAUUUGUGGACUCAGUCCAUCAGAAGGCAGCCACAGUGGUCACAUGGUUGUCUUCCAUUGAUGAAUCUGCAAAUGAGCGAUGCAAGAAGUUUUGCACCGACAUGAAGACGGUGCUUGCUGCCUUCGAGGGUGCUUUUCUGAAAUUGGCAGAGAUUCAGCACCGAUUGGAUUCCAAUGAGAUCCCAGAGGACCAGCUCCCUGGCUUCAACUCAGCUGAGUGCAAGAAGAAACGAUCACCGAACCCAGGACAAGUUGGUGGGGAUACUGCUGAUGAUGGAGACAACCGAUCGCAGCCAAAGCGCCGCACUGUCAAGAGCAAGGAAACUUUGCAAAGCGCUCCAAGCAUUCUCGCAAUCUUCGGGCCAGCAGCACUGCUACGUUAUCCAUGGCUGAAACCGACUGAUGUGGUUAAAGCACUGGCGAGAUGGAACCGCCUUGAUGCCAUCCUCCCAGAGAAAGACAUGCCAACCUCUGUGGCGGCAUUGCGAACUUACUGGAACUUUGUCGAUGGUUGGCUUUUGCUGCGCUUCGUGAAACUUAUGCUGACCACCCUGGUGCACUUGAUGAUGGAAUGGCACUGGUGUCAGAUGACUUGGUUCUCGCUAUGCACUAUCCCCUUGGGAGUCCUUGUCGCCUUGGAUUUUGAAGCUUCCUGCCGAAGCACAUUUCAGACCAUGGAUCCUGAGUUCUGUCGAGGCCCGAUUCUCCAGUAUGACCUCCCUUUGGCUGCAAUUUUGCCGGAUGAGGAAAGAUGCUUCUUGAGGCGAAGCAUGAACUCCUUGAUGAGUAUGAUGUACCGCUGUGGAGCAUGGCUUCAUUCUUCUGAAGCUUCUCGAAUCGGUGACUGGGGUUUGCUUGCGCUACGUGCGCAGCAUCGUUGUGCUGAGCUCUCGGUGGCGGCAAGU